AUGACUAUGGAUAUUGAAACCUUAAAGAAAGUUUGUGUUUUUUGUGGAUCAUCAUUCGGUAAUGACCCAAUCUAUGAAAAGACUGCUUUUGAAAUGGGUCAAAAAUUGGCCGCUAAAAAAUGGGGAUUAGUCUAUGGAGGUGGUAGUACUGGUGUUAUGGGUGCUAUUGCUAAUGGAUGUGCCACUAAUAACGGUUAUGUUCAUGGAAUCAUUCCAGAAGCUUUAGUAUCCAAAGAAAGAAAAGACCCUGAUGAAGUCAAUAAGGAGAUUAAAGAAAAUCAAAGUAACCACAACGGUGAAACUCCUUUACCAGAUAUUAAAGAAUAUGGUAAAACAACUUUAGUUAAAGACAUGCAUACCAGAAAGAGAAUGAUGGGUGAAGAAGUUGAUGCUUUUGUUGCUUUACCUGGAGGAUUUGGAACUUUCGAAGAAUUAUUGGAAGUUACCACUUGGCAUCAAUUAGGUAUCCACAAGAAACCAAUUGUUUUACUUAACAUCAAAGGUUUCUAUAAUACCUUCUUAAAAUUCAUUGAUGAAAGUAUUAAGGCUGGAUUUAUUGCUGAAAAGCAAAGAAAAUUGUUAAACGUUUUCGAUAAUAUUGAAGAAGCUUUUGAUUUCAUUGAAAACUAUAAACAUGAAGAUUCAAUGAGUUAUGGUUUGAAUUGGAAUAAUUCUUAG